GCGCUGCGCGAGGUGGUGUUUUUUUCAUCGUUGACGCGUUCCAGCGCUGCUACGAUCCGAUCGACUGACUGCCUGGCAGGCUGUGCGCCGUGUGCUGCUAGUGGAGUGGUGUCAGUGGGAAGUCCGCUUAGCGAGCGCUCUGGUUGUUCCUGCGUCGUGCUUCUUUUCCCGUCCGCUUGUUUCCGUGCCGCGUCGGAGUCCAACAACGUCCUGCGCUGCGAAAGAGAAAGCGCCGUCGGAAUUUCGGGCUUCGCUCCUCCGGCCCGGCCCGCCUCUCUUCGAUCAACGCCGCAGUGUCUGUUGGGGGCUGUGCCACCCUGUGUCAUUUCUUUUUUGCCCCCGCCGCCCCAUUCCACCGGCAGGCGAUCCGACGAGCCGAGAUCGCUCUUCGUUAAGCGACGAUUACGACGUGGUGUCUCUUCUCGGUUUCUGCCGUUUCCGCGGCUCUCUGGUGCGGAGUUAGCUCGGUACGGAGAAAUGACCAAUGGCGCCUGCGGCUUGCGCUCCGGCCUCUCUGUCGGCGUGCCGCUCCUCGGAUGCUAGCGGCGACCGUUGGCCGAAGGCUGCUGCCGUGCCUGCGCUGCUGCGGGCGCCCCGACCUGAAGGAAGCGUCGACGUCGUCGUCUCUGCUGGCGUACUUGCGCUGUCAGUCGCCGCCGCCGCCGACUCAACGCAUCCGAGAUGGGUGAACGCCGCUCUAAGGUCUCACGCAGCCGCAGUGCCUUUAGUCUACGAGGUCCCAAGUGCGGGAACAGUAACAUGAGGACGGGCUCACUGGGCUCCAACUCGCGGCUUCCGCACGGUGCCAGCAGCGGUGGGGGCGGCUCGAGCGGCGCUGUGGAGGUGAGCAAGCAUGCCAGCCGGCUGGCCACCCUGAGCCGCCUCUUCAAGCCCUGGAAGUGGAAGCGGAAAAAGAAGAGCGACAAGUUCGAGCAGACCUCACGCACCUUGGAGCGCAAAAUUUCAAUGCGAGCCACAAAAGAAGAGCUCAUCCAGCGGGGCGUCCUGCUCUCUGACCGUGAGCUUGGGAGCCCCACGCAGAAAGGGGAAACUGUGACCCCACCCUCCCCACUGCCCCCCUCGCCCUCUCCCCCCCAAGCCAAUGGCGCUGUUGUGUCCCCCGACGAGUCGGAACCUGAUAGCACGUCUGUGAUAGCCUCCUCCCCCGCUUCCACCGGGGACGAAGCCGCAGCGCCCUCCGCUGCCUCUGAGGCAGAGAACCCCGCGACAGCACCCCCGAUCCUGCUGGACAUGAGCUCUCUGCACCUGUCCCCCGUGGGCCACACCGGCGGCAGUGGUGGUGGUGGGGGGGAGCCCCCUUCCCUGGAACUCCUGACCCUCUCGGCGCUGCCAGAGCCUCCUAUAGCAGUGAGCGAGAUCGGACCCAUCCCGCCCCCGCCAAUGUUCUCCAACCCGUCGCCCACGCUAGGGCUACGGUUUGCCGAAGUGGCUUCGAGCCUGAACCUCAGGUUUGCCGCCAUGGCGGAGCGCAACCGGCAGAUGGCGGCCGCCACUGCAUCGCAGGAAGGGUCCCCCGCAGCGCCCCCGACGCAGCAGCAGCAACCGCCGCGGCAGCAGACGCCCCUGCCGCCGCGCCAGUUGGUGCCUCCCGAGGGCGACGACUCAGACGACUCGGGGGUGACGGGCGACAUCUGCGAGGCGGCGGCACCCGCGCGGACGGGAGCCUCGCCCGCUGGCGGCGGCGGUGGAGACGGCGGGGGGCCGCUCGUCGAGGAGAUUCCGGCCAAGGAGCCUCCUCGGAGCUCCGCCCUGCCCCGCAAGAGCGCACUCAAGAAGCAGCAGGUCAACGGGGCCCACGCGACACAGCAGCAGCUGACGGCAGCACAAGCCAGGUUGCGGCCAACGCGCAUUCACCUGAGCCCCAGUGGGGCCCAGAGUCCCCUGCCUCCCGGGUUGCAACUUCAUGAGGGCAGCAACAAGGAGAACCACUGGCCCCCCCCACCCCCCUCCGCCAGCCCCGGCGGUGACAACCACUCAGACUCGGAUGAGGAUGGCCCCAUCAACUGGCGCGACUACUAUGGCGACGACGAGCAAGGUCGCCUGGCCGCCAAGAUAGCGCGCAAGGACUCGCUGGCCCUCAAGCUUUCCCAGCGGCCCGAUCGGCAGGAGCUCAUCGACAAAAACAUCCUACAGAUGCAGUCUGAUCGCGAAAGGCAGGAGUCGCGGGAGGCGGUUGGAAACAAAUUAACAAGGAGGCUAAGUUUGCGUCCGACGCCUGAAGAGCUAGAACAAAGGAAUAUUCUCAAGCUUCAGACUGCUGAAGAGCUCAAGAAGGAGAAGGAGCAGAAGAAGAAAGUAUUAAUACGGAAGUUGAGCUUCCGGCCCACCAUCGAGGAACUGAAGGAGAGAAAGAUCAUUCGCUUCAACGACUACGUCGAGGUGACGCAGGCACAGGACUACGACCGCAGGGCCGACAAACCGUGGACCAGGUUGACGCCUAAAGAUAAGGCGGCCAUUAGGAAAGAACUGAAUGAAUUCAAAAGCAUGGAGAUGGAGGUUCAUGAAGACAGCAGGCACCUCACUAGGUUUCACAGGCCUUGAAGCUCAUCUGCCCUCAUGGUAACUGAACAAGCCCGGUCAAGGGCGAAGGGACUUGGCGCCUUGUCCAAGGUCACUCCCGCGACAACGUCUCCAGUGUCGGUGGUCACAGCUGGGCUGCGCACCACGUUUCCGACACCCAGACGCGCCCGUUGGGAACAAGGCAUUCGGUGAGGGGCAAGGUGCGAUCAGCAUUGGAGAUUCGCAGGCAUCAUUACUUCAAAUGCAAGCUUCGCUAGUAAGCAUCCCUCCCCCCAUUAGGCAACGAGGGGAGCCAAUCAGGGUGAGCAUCAAUGCCUAGGAAGAUGAACUUGACACCCAAGAAAUUUCUAGAGGAAGCUUUUAUCAACACCGGCAGUGCAAGGAAGUUGCACGAAGCAAGAGUUGCUUACCUGGCUGGAAUGCAAGCAGGCAGGUCUGCACGUGACUGCUUUGCGUGCUUGAGGAGUCGCGGCUGCAGUGUGAUAGCGCAACUGUAUCCCCUGCGUUGCAACCGCGCGGCCAUGACUUCGAAGUGGUUGCUGCGAAGGCAGGACAGACCAACUUGUCAUCCGCUCUAGCCAGCACCUCGGUGACUCGAUGACGUGAAAAAGCCUGCUGCAUGAAGACAGCCCCAGAGGCCAAGGCCAGCAAAAACUUUGCAAAAUUGAAGGAUUGCUGCUGUCUUAUAUCUACAUCGGGCAUGCCGGAUGGUUGCAUUGCCCUCCUGGUCUUGGCAGGGCUCUUCCAAUUUCGGUUUCAUCUGUUGCCUCCCGCUUCCUUUCUUUUUUCAAAACGUUUGCGAAAACAGGAAAGCUGAUCAAUCUCACCUGCCCACGACUCUCGUCACCACCUGCUCCGUUCACGCGCUUCAUGUUGCACCGCAGCAUUCAAGUCGCACGAUGUCCCUGUUCCCGGUGCCGCCUCCCACCCUCAAGGACCGAAAAACAACGGGAGCUGCGGAGGGUGUUUUCUGUGACCGCCGAGUGUAGUUAAGCGUUCCCCAGAGGUUGGGCACGCCAGUCACCAGUUCUUUUGUGCCGUUCUUCAUCAGUGCGGGUGUCACGUCGUCGGCUUCCCCGUGCAACCCUCCACGCAAUUCCUCGGGCUGGUCCUACAAAGCUGGGGCUAUCGUGUCGUCGGCGACGGCUUUAUUGUUUCGUUCGUUUUUCUCUCUGCCUCUACGUCAAGUCCUGCUGCCUGCAGAGAGUGGAAAAAUGAGGUUUUUCUUUUUCUCGUUCGCCGCGUCAGACUCGUUAUGCCAGCUGUGCUGCGACGCCUCCCCGCCACCAAGUCACAUGACAAAAGCUGCACCAGUUCUCUGUGUGUCAUGGAAGACUGCUGCUUCAUGUGCUGUGUGUGUGUGUGUGUGCAUGCACUUUUUGUUUUUCUGUCGUUUAUUGGGUUUUGAAGCGUGCAUGUUGUUUUCCCGUUACAUUCGGCCAGCCUUGUUGUGUUUAAUAUUCUUUUAGUUUUUGUUAUUAUUCUUUUAAUCUCUUUUAACCUUUAGUCACGAUAAAAGGGCUUGUCAUUGAGACUUGCUCGCCUGUGAGCUCUGCAGCCUUUGGUGGCAGAUGGAAAAAUUUGUUUUCUCGCUUUUAGUGCUUGCGAAGGCCUGUUGGGAGGUGUAGCGUCCCUACUGUGUGGAGGAACGUUGACGGUUUUUGUUUGUUUGUUUGUUGUUGGCUGUUCCUGGUGUUUUCUCUAUUUCGCUAGUUUUCGAAAACUGUUCUUGGGAAGCAAGCAAAUCGCGUAGCGCCGCUUGUGUGAUGUAUGAGUUGCCGUUUAUCAUCCGGCAAGUAUGUAUGUACGCCUACGUAUGUGGCGUGUACGCAUGUGUGUGUACGCGCUUGCUCGUGUUACGAGUUGCCAUUUGUUGGUGUUGACGCCUUGUCGGAUGUGUUAGGCGCCACAACUUUCAGAACAAGUACUGCAUCAGUUCCAUCAUUUCAUCACCUCUGAAAUUCGCUUCAUUACAUUUGUGCUCUAUUUUUUUCUUUUUUUUUUUGCCAGUUGCUCGUGUUAUCAGUAAUUAUGUUGCGAAAAGCUACUGAGGCUGUACAUCUGCUUGCGUACGAGUCAACUUUGUCACUUUGCGUCUCGAUGAUGCAGAAUGGUAGAGCGACAGGUAAAGCAGGUGUCUGUUACUCGUGCUACGCAAAUGUUAUUUGAAAAUGUUCCCAUUGUUUCAACUUCGUGCAACCAGAAGUGGUCUGUGGAAAUUUUCGCAUUGGCAUGUGGGUGGUUGUCGAGAUAUCUUCACUCCCAGUCAGUCAGUUCCGGUGCCUGAGGUAUUCACCAGAAGGCAGCGCACCGGUCAAUGUUUCACAGGGCUUUGUGCAAAAGGUACCGUUCUAACCGUGACCGGUUGCAUUGGGCGCAGGUUUUAAGAGAGUAUUGCGAUGAUCUGGCAGCAUUGCAGUCUUCAUGACCAUGUGUCAAACAAUGUACCACGAAAAACAAAUACGCCCGACUUCCUUUUUUUUCUAGACACACACCCGGCAAGUACUGUAGUGUCGCUCUCUUGCCUACUUUCCUCAAAGUCCUUUUCACACCAAAUGCCGCAUUGAUAAGUCCCCCGGUAAAAGUAGCUGUUCCAGCUGUAAAAUGGUUGUUUGCCCCAAGAUGCAGUUCAGGUGUGUUUUCCCAAGGUCACUAUUGUUUGGUUUUCAUAUUUGGAUGCAGUAAUUGCCUGUUUCAACUGAAAGGGUAACGAAUUAUGCGGUGGGUGUUUGGAAAAGACUGGAUGCAAAGCAUUUUUAUGCUCUUGAAGACAGAUAGCACCACUAUGCCAAAAUCCACAUCUGUCCAGCAUCGCUGCAGACGAAUCACUUGCUGCCUUUGCGCAGAUAAAGUAGGAAAGUAUCGAAUAAAGACAUGUUAUUAACAAACAAAAUGCAAUAUGGAAGAUCUCUAGGCAAAAUUUCAAAAACAAUUGCCCGUACCCAAUCGUUUCUUCAAAAACAAUCCAGCGAUCCAAGAGAUGCAAGAGCUACUUAUGCCGGAUUGCCGUAUCAGCGAGACUUUGAGUAGUUAGUCCUAUCUACUUAAUGCAAACCCACACUCCUGCAGCACUUUUUUUUUAACGCCAGUAAUGCCUUUGAUGUUUGCUUGGUAGGCUUCCCGCAUUUUUCUUUCAUUCAAGGUUUGAGGGAAUAGCUUGGCAUUAGACUCUAUGCAAUGCUUGAUAAGGGCGUUAGAAGAAACAUCGACGCAGAGGAGAGUUUAGUUUGUGUUCUUGUCGUUUGACGAGGUUCUUUGUCUCACUCGCAAAAACUUGAACUUGGAACAGAACACUGGCGAGCAAUGGAACAAAUGAAGCCACUUAAUUCCUUCCUUUCCUUUGUCGUUGUUGUUGAGGGCGUGUGCACGUAGUCCUGUUGUGACAAGGCUCUGCUGCUCAGGCAAGUGAAUGAAGGAUGUACAUAAGUGUCGGGCAUGCGUUUUUGCUUUGGCACCUGUAUAUAUAUAUACAUAUAUACAUACAUGUAUCUAUCGUGCACGUCUCGGUGUUCCUUCGAUUAUCUCGUACGCGCCUGUUGGUCUUGUCACAUGCCAAAGCGCGCAAGGCUGUGAAAGUUCUCUUGCCUUCUAUGUAGUGUAGAUUUGUGCGAAUGGAUUUUUACGGCUAUUUUAAUUGAUUAGGAAACCUUAGUUGGCCCUGUACAUAGGUUGCGAACAAGGCUGUGUAAAUAUUGUACAUGUGCAAAUGCCUUCUUUUUUUUUCUUUCUUUCUUUUCGACUUGUUUUGUUCAUUAUUGAUAAAUUUGGGGGAUUUGUUUUAUUUUUUUUUUUUCUUUCCACGCGGUGUAGACCAGUUUAGGUUUUUGACCGUGUGUGUCACCAUCUUAGGCUGUAAUGCAAAAAGUUUCUUCCCCCAAACACUUUUGUACAUGGUGUCCUUAAGUUCACACGCCUGUGAAAUAUCAAAAACAUUUGCAAGAUCAUUUAUGCAUUAUAGGGAAGUGCUGACGUUAGCUAGAUUUGUAGAUUGUGCACCCAGGAGUGACAAAUUGGGUCAAUGUUGCCGUGGGCCGAAGCUUCGUAAGCCAGCGAAACAAAAUACGCUAAAAAACCAACUUUUAAAUUUUCACACUGGCUCCGCCCCUUCACGGCAUCAUAAAUUCUGACAAUUCCUUCCAGUGGUCUUACAAAGCCUUCACUAAUAAUUACUGCAUAGUCUAACCGUGCUAUAACAUAGCCGCGUGUAACGUGGAAAUAAUUCAUUAUACACAAUAUUCAUUAUAGGCAUAUAUUUGCUUCAUUCUGAUAUUGCCAAGGUGUAUUUAGGUUCACUUUGUGAUAUCUGUAUAUUUGUUGUGUAUCUUUGUUUCUUAUAUGGAGGGACUUAAUUGCUCUAAAUAGGAGCUUUUAGGGACUUGUGUGUGAAAACAAUGCAGAUGUCCCAAAACUCUGUGAAAUUUGGGAUGUCGCGAAUGUCAUUGUUGACACAGCCAGGCUGUAAAAUUACGAGGAUGAGAAAUUUGGACACCAUUGUGCAUCUUUGAAAGGGAAUUUGUGCAGUGAACUGCCGGACCCUGUACUUUGUGACCAGUCAUCUCACUCGUUUGAAUUAGCUCGUCACAGGACUUAAAAAGUGAUAGUCUUAAGGUGCCACGUCAGUGCUCUGUUAUUUGAUUCUUUCCAUUUUCUCGACUAUCAGCAGCCAUAUUUUCUUUGGCCAAGGAAAUGCAGAGAUUUUCGAAAAACUACGCUACCAGUCUUAAACUAACCCACUGGUUCUUUGAGUGUUGUUUAAUAAUUUAAUCAGCCAUAGUACCAUACAUUGGUUGUUUCAGUUACAAAUUUACCUUGCCUAACAGCCACGAUGGUGACACAAGCUCUUUUUAAAAAUUGUCUAUACGGUGCAACUUUUUUUUUUUUACACUUAGCCCAGUUGUUGUCUAAAGCCCAAACUUGUGCUGUUUAUUUCUCUACCGCAGAAAAGGUUUUAGUGCAUGCUUUACACAUUUGUUUUUUUUUUUUCAUAGAAAUUGAAGGCACUGCUUUUAAAGCGGCGGUGGACUGACGAACGCCUUUGGAUGUGAAUAAAAGAAAAGUGACGAUAGAUGUUGCAGUUCACGUUUUGUUGUUUUAUUUUUAUUUUAUUUUUCCUUUCUGCAUUCCAGUUAGCAUACCAUGCAUCUGUCUUUCAGAAUGUUGGGAAGGAAUUGGCUUCUAAUUGUGCAUGUAACGUGUUUAUCUGACGUCUUGCUCUAUGCAACGGGCAUUCUACUGUGGUUUUACAGUUGCCUCUGUUCAGAGAUAUAGGUAAUGCUGAGGCGCGUGUGCUGAUGAGUGACUAAAGGCUUUGCUCCUUGCAUUCUGGUCAUACGCGCGGUGGGCAAUGUUACCUGUGAACUGCGAUUGCCUCAGACUUGAAAGUCUGCGCCACUUCACCCUACCUAGGAAAAUAUUCCGGGUGUUCAAACCGUACGCUCAGUGCCGAGAUUAUUAAAAUUUGGUCUUCUUGGAAAGCAUCUUGUAAGUUUGCCAGAUUAUCUAUCUGUGCAAGCUUUUUUUGGAAUGAAAUGUCCACAAUUCCUUGACAGUUGUCUUGUGCCGUGCAAAAGUGGUUGACAUUGAAGUUGGGCUAAACUCUUAUUGUAGCAGAGACAAUGGGCAUUUCUAUUGGUUUUCCUCUAAUUAAUUAUCCCAGUGUACUGAACAUCUGCAGUUACCUUUGCACCCACAGUAAGUAAUCUAUUAAAUUAAUGUUAAGUUAAUGACUCUUACCCUCUUGCAGUUCAAGAAGCAUGCUGUUGCAGUUGUCGUAAACGCUGGAUUUUGUUGGGAAAACUUCAUUUUGAUGGGAAAUGAGCAGGUUGCAGGCAGCGUGAGCUGAUGCCGGUGGAAAACCAUGUAUGCAGCUCCCAAAGCCCCCUUGCAGUUAACGAGCAGGUAAUUCAGUUGCUGAAAACCGAGAGGCAUUGACGCUCUCUGCAGCGCUCAUUCACCAUCGUUGGGCAAUAAGCUUUUGAGUGCCUUUGCAUUCCUCGUAUCUCGAUCUGCAUAAACUCUGGACUCCGCCUUUCAGGCACAGCAGUUCAGUGACGAGUGUAUCUAAAGUCAAUUAUAAGUUUGUUUGUUACCCUUCUGGUUUUAGAUGCAAGCAGGGUCGGCAGGUAAUUGAGUGGUUUUGAAAGAACAGGCCAAUCUUUUUACCUGGGAACGGUUUUUCUCAUCAAAAACAUUUUUAUUCUCUUUUUGCACUUACAGGCAUGUACAUUGCUGAACGGUAUGGGACAUUGAUGCCUUGCACAAAGACGUGAUGACGGCGCUUGUGCUUCAUACCCAAUUCAGUACUCUGCUUCAAAGCCCGUAGGUGUGCUUCAAUGUGGCAAACACAACGUCUUUGUGCCUUAGUGUAGGCAUCUGCAUUGUCUUCUCUUGGCUGUAUAUUGCUGUUGUAAGUGCGAGCUUAAUUGGGGGCCCCAAGCUUUUGCAAGUGUGUAGUUGGACAGGUCUUUGCUGCUGAAGGAGGACACAGAUUGUAUGGCCACUGGCUCAUUCAUUGUGCAGCUCAUUAAGGGUUACCAGCAGCCUAAAGCAUUACAGGUACUUUGCAUCAGUAACUGCUCAAGAUUGUUCUGUUAGUUUCUCUUGUUACAUAUUAGGAAAAUGACUGCACAUGUUUUGGUGUUCUACCGAAUGUUGUGCAAGUUUGUCUCCGUAGAGCCCUAUGAAGGGACACUCAGUGUUACUUAACAGUAGUGCCAUAUGUCAUAUUAAACUGAAAUGCAGUGUAUGCACUGUUUGACCUGUACCACAAGAGAUGGCACCACCGUUCUGUUUCUACAAAGUACCAUUCUUUCUUUAUCUGGCCUCGCCAUAAGUGACGCGUACUUCUAAGGAAAUCUAAACAGGCAGGUGUUGCGCCUUCACGAGGUAUUGGAAUGCAUCCACCUCGAAAUGCUGCCCUUGCACGACGUUUGAGUGCAAAUGAGCUGGCGGCUUAGCCAGACAACUUCUGUAUACCUGAUGCUCUUCUGCAUAACAUUCGGUACAUGCACUUGGCAACCAAGUAAGCCUGGUUUAUGGUGCAAAUUGUAGCAUCAAAACCACAGGCGACUGGUAGAAGCUUUGCCUUCUUCUAAGGGAAAGCUUAGAACAGCAAUUUAUUAAACUCUGUGUUUUGUUUGAAUUGCCGUUGAAUCGAGCGGAGAGUAUGUAAUAUACGUACUAGUCACAGUGGCCAAGUUAACCCUGCAAUGCCCAGUGUAUUGCGUGCGAGACAAGAAUGUUCAUCAUUUAAGCGUAUUGGUAAGGACACCUUUGCGAGUUUCUUUGUAACGAAAGUUCAAGUAAGCACUGUAGAGUGCCCAAGGGGUGUAACAACACAUCAACACUACUGAAGCAGCAAGUACAUAGUAUCUACAGUGCCCAAGAUGCGUAGCAACAAAUGAACACUGAUGAAGCGAAAGGACAUAGUGUCUGCCAGCUGAUGCCAAGUCGUACUUCACGUGAUGUUCAUCAAAUGUCGUGCAUCUGGAGCCAGGAUUUUUUUUUAAUUGUUUACGUGGUUUCUAAUUACGGCUUGGUAAGGUAUUGCUGAUUGUAUCUGUUGUAUAGUUUCUUCCUCACAUGAACAAACUUUCGUUUAGUUCUGUAAGAGCCAUUGGAAUCCAGAUAGAAAUUUUUCCACUUGUUUCAUUUGGCAUCUGAAACGCUAUUGUGGAAGCCAUGGAGCCUCCUACGAAAAUUACUGGAAGAAACUUUGGCGCAAAGAUCAUUCGGCUACCAUGGGCACAAUGAUUAGGACGUAGUUUUGUCUGGUCUUAGCAAUGGCAGCUUCGGACAUUCUGGUAGCUUUAUUGCGCUUUGCCAUUGUGAAUUGUUGCAGUUAUAAUGCAGUAUUUUGUUUGAGGUUAUAAACGUGCAAGGCCGUUUGAAGCCAGGACAAACAUCGGGCAAUCCAUGUACUAAUCAUUCCCACGAUGGUUAAUUAAACUGCAAUGCUUUUAACUCUUGUAGACACUAGCGGCUGAGUAAUUUUUCUUGGGAAACUAUGCCGACGCUGUCACUGUCUGGCAUGUUAGCAUUUUAAGCCAAUUGAAGAAGGCUUCAAAUAUAACGAGGUGGUGAAUGAUUGUUGCGGAAUUUGACGGAGCACUCGUGUCCUGGGCAAUACAGGGUAAAAAGUACUUGAAGAAAAGAAACGUGCGGUUAAGCCAGCGUGCUGCUUUGUUGCAUUCUGGUCAAUGAAAGGUUUUGCUUCCAUUUAUAACAUCAAUCGGUUAGCGUUUGCACUCUGAAUUUUGCUGCUACAGCGUUGCUGCUGCAUUAUUAAACUAAAAAGAAAAAAGACUGUGCUCGGAGGCGAGAAGCAAAGGUCGGGGGGGUUUUGACGUAAACUACAGAAUGCUCAAUGAUCUUUCUAACUCUUGUCUAUGACGUAUGUAACAUUAGCCAACUAUACUCUUAAUCUCGCAUCGAGUGUGAUAAGUAGAAAUGGUUAUUAAGCUCACACAUGAGGACAGCAGAGUCCUUGUGAUGACAUCUAAUCUUAGUUUAGGAACUUCGAGGAUGUUGGUGCGCAUGACUUGAAGUGUUCUUUCCCUUUCAUUAGAACUAGGCAUUCAGUAGUGGUGACUGUAGAAGACUGCUCCAGAAGUCACUGUCGUUGCUGCUAUCUAUUGGUGAUUUCAUGGCCAUGUACUAGAUUGCAUAGUGUAUCUUUACAUGCUCACAUAAACCAACAUUCACUGCGUGGUCAUAGCAGAAAGCAAGCUUAAUUUCAGGCUUUACUUUGGAAAGAGUCGGUGCAGCUAGACCAUUUGAUAACGAGAAAUGCUUGUCUCUGAGUGACGUUGCACUUAUUUUAGUGUGGCUGAUAAGCAACGUUGGCUCAGACGUGUAGUUGUACAUUUAUGUUUAAUAACACAUGGAAGUUCGACAUUUUACCCCGAGAGAUGUGACCUUGUUCUUCCUGCAGUGGACAUCAAAUGGACUGACGAUGAAUGCGAACUCGCUACAUUUAGCAUAUUGACCUGAUGCCAAAACAACUGGGUGUGGCUAUUCGUUGAAUGCAGUGAUCUUGACAGUGGGUUCGAUAGACAUAGAGUUGGUGGCCAGUCUGGCCGUACCUGGUCGUGUCAAGACGUGCGAGAUGAAUCAUAUGUCUAAAUCUCUGCUUUUUCGAGUGGCUCCUGGUCUCUCUCUUGUUAAACAAAGCUGAAGUCAAUGUAGCCGUGCAGCGCGUUAGGUAAUUGACAAAGCAAUUCUGUUUUGAGCCGUUUCACAGCCUGAUGUCUGUAGCCUUAUUGUACUCGGAUUUUCUGCCACAUAUGAAUGCCAAAGGCUGUAGUUUUGGAGCUCUUAUGCCGCUGGCGUUUCCGCGAAGUGCGCGUAUCUGUCGAACAUGCACUUGCAGCAUGUAUAACGUGAGGCCCAUCUCUGCUUCUACAAGCUUAACGCCGGUGUACGAUGGACCAUGUACAAGUUGUGUGAGAGGCAACUAUUCUUCUAUGCAGAACUUCGCAAGAAGCACGUUUCUGCAAUAGUCUUUAUUUUGCGGUCCCUCCUUUGCCUUUCCACACCAGAAAGAUGCACAGGGAAAACGACAUUUCUUUUCUCAGAGAUUUCACAGCUAUUUUAGGACCCCCAGAACAUUGAGAAGCUCUAUUUAUGUACAGACGGCGGUGCUGCAGCCAACUGCGCUGUAGCUUUGCAAACCAACAUCCAUAUAGGUGUCAAAACGCUGUAACCUUUCAUGGGUCCCUAAAACAGCUUCGGACGCUGCGGACAGACGGACAGUCGUUGUAUGCAGCGACGCCGAUACAUAACUAUGACAGCCAUAUACAUAAGCAUGGCACUAGCAAAAUCACUUUCGUGCAUAGGUGCCAGCCCUCAUUAGCACUCAGCGUCAUGCGAACGUCAUUGUGAUCUCUGCUGUGAAAGCGUUACGCCAUUGGUCGUAGAAAACUCCGCGGCAUUUUGAAUGACACUUUGCUCGGAAACGUUGAGGUCAUAUGACUGGGACAUGAUCUUUGGUUAACGCGAAGGACACAAGCGAAAUUUUGUUCAAACGCCUGUCACUCGUCUGUUCAAGCUUUUGUCAGGAUAUCGUUGGCCAGACAUGCAACUCCCAAUUUCGGUAUAGGACUGAAAUAUUUAAGACGGUGUUGCUAAUUAUGAAAACCAGAAAGAGAAGAAUGGGAGAUGGUAUGAGCAACUAGAUAAAAAACUUUGACCAUUGCUUAUAUGGACCUCUUCGAUCACUGUGCAAAUACGUUAUCCGCAUCAUUGUCACCGUAUGUAAUAAUCACACCAUAGAUUAUAAAGUUUUCGUCUGCCCUUUUAGGCUUAGCGUUUCAGUCACUUAAUCGUUAAGCGCGCAGACUGCGAAAAGGCGGGCUGUUUCUAAGCGAGGUUAACUCACUCGCUUAAAAAUACUCGCUUUAUUUCGGUAUGAUCAGUAAGUGCAAUGAUAUCGCAACAAUGCGAGGUAUACAGGCCACUGAUCUCUACUCAGCGGUAGAGACGCGUGAACGUAUAAGGCCAGUCGUACUUCCGACAGGGCGCUCGUAUAUUUUCGAUGCCACAUUAUUUGUAAAACAUGCCUGUACCGAACUAUACAAGUCGCCAUCAUUGACUCAUUCGUUACAGAGGACCAAGAGGUUCAUUUCGCGUUUGCCCAUAUGCGAUUUCGGUGUUUUGUUUUCGUCAGUAUAUAGCAGUGCGCCACAUUGUCAACUUCCUAUUGCAACUGUCGCCCAUGGUUUGUGUGGACGAGACCUUGUGCAUAAGCCUUGCUCGACAAAGUUUAGCCGGCUCCGAACUAAAAAAAAAAGAAAAGAAACCUUUACCAAUUUAUUGCAGCUCAGUGGCUAGGGCGGCGCACAGCUAGAGUACAAGGUCACGGGUUCGAAAUGUGUAAAACGCUCAUGUGCUGUGCAUUGCCUGAGGACCCAAGGGGUGAAAAUUCGUCCAGUGUCACCUCUUAGUACAGCGUGCCUCAUAAUCGGAUCGUGCUUUUGCCUCGUAAUAACCCCGGAACGCUUUUUUUUAAGCUAUGUCGAUAAUGCAGUCGUUGACAUUCCUAUUGCGAGCUAUGUAUAAAAAGUGAAGUUAUUUUCUCUCGCUGCAUGUUGAUCGAGGUGAAUUGUCAUUGACGAUAUUACGAUUAUGCACAUAGUGUCGGAAUAUUUUUAAAAAUCGUUUUUAUUUUUUCCUUUUAACAUUUUAGGUAAUUACUGUGAAUAAGGCCUCCGGCAGCGAUGCGUUUGUUCCGAGAUUGCCGAGGUUCUUGUUCCAGUUCAAAUCAUGGGCGGUAGCACUACAAGUAUGCCAUAGUACUGCGUGUGUAGUCGGUAGACUUUUGCAUGACUGGGCGGUGGCGUCUAUCGCGUGCAUGUGACGGGAGAGACUUUGUGCGCCUGAUGUCCUCUGUAUAGGUUACGAGAAGUCGCGAGAAGGACGAACGUCGCCACGUGUACGUGUCGUCGGGACGUGCUUGCAGAGUGGACACUUUCCGACUUCCCUAGCGAGUGUGGCAUGCUUUUAGCUGUCGCACCGAAAAAGCCUGCGCGCGGUGUUAUGUGGCGGUGUGCUUGUAUGGCGGUGCGCGCGAAGCUGUCGUGACUGUAUAUCGUAACGAGGAUGUGAGCUCAAUGCUUUACUCGAAAGAAAAAGAAAAGUGGAAAGAAAGGGAUACGCAAGUAAGCAGCACUACGAGCGAUACCCGAGGCUCUCUGGCAAUAUUUCUUGUGUUGUUUCUGAUUUUUCUCUUUCGCAAAUUUUUUUUAAAGAUGGCCAGAGUUGCCCGAGGUAAAAGUUUCCUAGGCUCUUUACGACUCUAGCAGGGUGUGUUGCAGUCUGCUGUUUGGAGGGGAGCGUGCGUUUAAUAAAGAGAUUCAAGCACCAGG